AUGAACCGUCUAAAACCAAUCUUGCUUUCUUUGGUUACUCUUGUUCAAGUCAUUGCUAGUCCUGGUGACAAACCAAUGAUUGUGGUUACCUAUAAGGGCGAGGAGAAGCGAGUUGUAGCUCAAGAGAUUUCAUCUAUUGUUCUCAUUAAGAUGCGUGAGAUUGAUGAAGCUCUCCACUAUCAAGAAUGUUAUGGUUAUGGUCCCUAUUUACUUCAAUGA